GCGGCGGCGUCUCGCUCGCUCCAGCUUUCUCCCCGGCUGCGCCGCAGGCUCCGGGCAGACCCGGCGCCGUGCCCACAUGUAGGGGUGCGCUGCUCUCAGCGCUACCCUCCUGGAGCGGCCACGUCCCUGAGUGACCCCCUUUUGCAAGACCCUUCUAGCAGCAUCGCCCGUCCCCGCGUCCCUGUCCUGUCCCGUUCCACUGUUUUACCUAGUCCAGUAUUUCUAUCUUCUCGGGCGAUUAGCCAGUUUGCCCAUCUCUGGCCUCCCUCUGCUCCGCAAGGCCACCCCACGGCCCCCACGUCUCGGUCGCUAUCUAUAGCUGGGUCUGUAAACACCCCGCCCGGGACUGCUCUGUAAUUACAUGGGGCGGGACGAAGGAGGUAAUUAUGGAGACCUGAUUACAAGUGGGCGUGGGGCAGUGGCCUGUAGACCCGCCCCUUAUGUCCCACUGUGCCCUGAGUCCCUCCCCGGACUCUGCAGAGGGGCUCUGGGCCCCCAAGGGCGGGGACCGUUGUGUGUGCGACUGGACUAUAGGGUCCCCAAAAGCAAGGGACCAGAGAAGAUAUAUUAAGUUCUCCCAAAGACAAUCUGAGGGUGCACACAGGCCACCUAAUCCCUCCAGGAGUAGGAGUGCACCGUUCCAGGGCCAGCCCUCGAGGAGCGCUUCUCGCCCCCACACUCCCCUGCCCAGGUGGAGAUCGGGGGUGGGGUUUCCCCUUGGUGGCUGUGGGCGGGCGGCUAGGGGCGGGGGCCGGACCUGGGGGCGGGGGCGAGCUGGGGUCCCUGAGCUGCCAGGGUGGCCAGGGGCACACAGUAGCGGCCACCGAGGAGCAAGCAGCGGUGACAAGCAAGCAGAGGUACCCUCGACAACACCUUGCUGCAUGGAGCUGACCGCCGAAAGCUGCUGACAUCCCUGGGUCCCGGUUCCAAGGCUCACAGGCUCUUUCUACUGUCCGCGCACCAGGGCUGUCUGGGUCUCGGACCCGGCAUUCUGAGCCAUGGAGCGGUGCAGCCCCCGCCACCGCCUCCUUCUGCUGCUACCUCUGGUGCUGGGGCUGAGUGCUGCCCCGGGAUGGGCAGGUGCACCCUCUGUGGAUGUACUACGUGCCCUGAGGUUCCCCUCCCUCCCUGAUGGUGUCCGGAAAUCAAAAGGGGUCUGUCCGGCUGAUGUGGCCUACCGCGUGUCACGACCUGCCCAGCUCAGUGCACCCACCCGCCAGCUCUUCCCAGGAGGCUUUCCCAAAGAUUUCUCUCUGCUGACGGUUGUCCGGACCCGCCCUGGCCUCCAGGCUCCCCUCUUGACUCUGUACAGUGCCCAGGGAGUCCAGCAGCUGGGCCUGGAGCUCGGUCGCCCUGUUCGCUUUCUGUAUGAGGACCAGACGGGACGGCCACAAGCCCCCGCUCAGCCUGUCUUCCGAGGCCUCAGCCUAGCAGACGGCAAGUGGCACCGUGUGGCUGUGGCUGUGAAGAAUCAGUCUGUCACCCUCAUUGUGGACUGUAAGAAGCGAGUCACCAGGUCGCUUCCCCGAAGUGUGCAUCCGGUGUUGGACACCCGUGGGGUGGUGAUCUUUGGUGCCCACAUCCUAGAUGACGAAGUCUUUGAGGGUGAUGUUCAGGAGCUCGUCAUUGUCCCAGGCGUCCAAGCUGCCUAUCAGUCUUGUGGACAGAAGGAUCUGGAAUGUGAGAAGGCACAGAGAGAUGGACCUCAGAUCCAGAAGCCUCACAGAGCCCAGAGAUCUCCAAAGAAGCAGCCAUCGAGACUUCAUAAGCCACAGAGCCAGGAGCCCCAGCGACAGUACCCCACCCCAGGUGAAGAGGAAGGAGCCCCGGAGUCCAGCCCCUUGCCAUUCCUUGAAGAGGUUGCCCACGGACCCCGGGGGCUGAAGGGAGAGAAAGGAGAGCCCGCGGUGCUGGAGCCUGGCAUGUUCGUCGAGGGCCCCCCUGGCCCAGAAGGCCCUGCGGGAUUGGCUGGACCCCCUGGCAUCCAGGGGAGCCCAGGCCCAGUUGGAGACCCUGGCGAGAGGGGGCCCCCUGGCCGGGCAGGGCUCCCUGGAUCAGAUGGAGCCCCUGGUCCUCCUGGCACAUCUCUGAUGCUCCCAUUCCGGUUUGGCAGUAGUGGGGGUGACAAGGGCCCCGUGGUGGCCGCCCAGGAGGCCCAGGCCCAGGCCAUUCUGCAGCAGGCACGGCUGGCACUCCGUGGACCCCCUGGCCCCAUGGGAUACACGGGCCGCCCUGGACCCUUGGGUCAGCCUGGGAGCCCUGGCUUGAAAGGAGAAUCCGGAGACCUGGGUCCUCAGGGCCCCAGAGGACCUCAGGGCCUCACAGGCCCUCCUGGCAAGGCUGGGCGAAGGGGCCGGGCCGGUGCCGACGGAGCCCGCGGGAUGCCCGGAGAACCUGGUGUGAAGGGUGACCGAGGUUUUGACGGACUUCCAGGGCUACCCGGCGAGAAGGGACACAGGGGUGAUACCGGUGCUCAGGGUCUUCCUGGGCCUCCCGGCGAAGAUGGAGAGCGUGGUGAUGAUGGAGACAUUGGGCCCCGAGGGCUGCCUGGAGAGUCUGGACCCAGAGGACUUCUUGGCCCCAAAGGUCCACCUGGUAUUCCGGGGCCGCCGGGAAUCCGAGGCAUGGAUGGCCCCCAUGGCCCCAAAGGGAGUUUGGGACCUCAAGGAGAGCCAGGGCCCCCUGGACAGCAGGGCACUCCUGGAACCCAGGGCCUCCCCGGACCCCAGGGUGCCAUCGGUCCUCAUGGAGAGAAGGGUCCUCGUGGGAAACCAGGGCUCCCUGGCAUGCCUGGGUCAGACGGACUCCCGGGUCACCCCGGGAAGGAAGGUCCCCCUGGAACCAAAGGGAACCAGGGGCCCUCUGGACCGCAGGGUCCUUUAGGAUACCCUGGCCCUCGAGGUGUCAAGGGUGUGGAUGGAAUUCGGGGCCUGAAGGGCCACAAGGGUGAAAAGGGCGAGGAUGGCUUUCCUGGGUUCAAAGGUGACGUAGGCGUGAAAGGAGACAGGGGUGAGGUUGGAGUCCCUGGCUCCAGGGGAGAAGACGGCCCUGAAGGGCCGAAAGGACGCACUGGACCUACAGGGGACCCUGGACCCACUGGGCUCAUGGGCGAGAAGGGCAAGCUAGGUGUUCCCGGGCUGCCUGGCUACCCCGGACGCCAGGGUCCCAAGGGGUCCCUGGGUUUUCCUGGUUUUCCUGGAGCCAGUGGAGAGAAGGGAGCUCGGGGCCUGUCCGGAAAAGCAGGACCUCGGGGAGAACGGGGCCCCACAGGCCCGAGGGGUCAGCGGGGACCUCGGGGUGCCACUGGGAAGUCUGGAGCCAAGGGAACAUCAGGUGGUGACGGUCCCCACGGGCCACCCGGAGAGAGGGGUCUUCCUGGCCCUCAAGGCCCCAAUGGAUUUCCUGGCCCCAAAGGCCCUCCGGGCCCCGCAGGGAAGGACGGGCUGCCGGGACACCCAGGCCAGAGAGGAGAAGUGGGAUUCCAAGGGAAGACCGGGCCCCCAGGGCCCCCUGGAGUGGUGGGACCUCAGGGAGCAGCUGGGGAAAGCGGUCCCAUGGGUGAGAGAGGUCACCCUGGCCCCCCAGGACCUCCUGGAGAGCAAGGACUGCCUGGAACAGCUGGAAAGGAAGGGACCAAGGGUGAUCCUGGUCCCCCUGGGGCCCCAGGGAAGGAUGGUCCUGCUGGUCUGAGAGGCUUCCCAGGAGAGCGAGGCCUCCCAGGCACUGCUGGUGGACCUGGCCUGAAGGGAAAUGAGGGUCCAGCUGGCCCUCCAGGCCCCGCAGGCUCCCCUGGGGAGCGAGGUGCAGCAGGAUCAGGAGGCCCCAUUGGUCCCCCAGGGCGUCCAGGCCCACAAGGUCCCCCUGGAGCAGCAGGAGAGAAAGGCGUCCCGGGUGAGAAGGGCCCUAUUGGUCCCACUGGCCGUGACGGGGUGCAGGGUCCUGUGGGGCUUCCUGGUCCAGCGGGACCCCCAGGUGUGGCUGGAGAGGAUGGGGACAAGGGUGAGGUGGGGGACCCAGGACAGAAGGGUACCAAAGGGAACAAAGGCGAGCAUGGCCCUCCUGGACCUCCUGGUCCCAUCGGUCCUGUGGGGCAGCCCGGAGCUGCGGGAGCUGAUGGGGAGCCUGGAGCUCGGGGGCCCCAGGGACACUUUGGAGCCAAAGGCGACGAAGGGACAAGAGGAUUCAAUGGGCCCCCGGGACCCAUUGGCCUCCAGGGCCUGCCAGGACCUUCUGGGGAGAAGGGAGAAACAGGAGACGUGGGGCCUAUGGGACCCCCUGGCCCUCCAGGACCUCGCGGCCCCGCCGGACCCAAUGGUGCUGACGGCCCACAAGGUCCCCCUGGAGGUGUUGGGAACCUGGGUCCCCCUGGAGACAAGGGGGAGCCGGGAGAGUCUGGGUCUCCAGGUGUCCAGGGUGAGCCGGGUGUCAAGGGUCCACGUGGUGAACGUGGUGAGAAAGGAGAGGCUGGGCAGGCGGGAGAGGCUGGACCACCAGGGCCUAAAGGCCCUACAGGCGAUGAUGGCCCCAAGGGGAACCCUGGUCCUGUUGGCUUUCCUGGGGACCCUGGGCCCCCUGGAGAAGCUGGCCCACGGGGCCAGGAUGGUGCCAAGGGUGACCGGGGAGAGGAUGGCGAGCCAGGACAGCCUGGAUCCCCUGGUCCCACCGGGGAGAAUGGGCCCCCUGGACCCCUUGGGAAGCGGGGACCUGCUGGCACCCCUGGUCCAGAGGGACGACAAGGAGAGAAGGGAGCCAAGGGGGACCCUGGUGCUGUCGGGGCCCCAGGAAAGACAGGCCCUGUAGGUCCUGCAGGCCCGGCGGGAAAGCCUGGCCCUGAUGGUCUGCGGGGUCUCCCAGGCUCAGUGGGUCAACAAGGUCGUCCUGGAGCCACAGGCCAGGCUGGACCCCCAGGUCCUGUGGGACCCCCGGGGCUUCCUGGCCUCCGGGGUGAUGCUGGAGCCAAGGGAGAGAAGGGCCACCCCGGUCUCAUCGGACUGAUUGGGCCAACUGGAGAGCAAGGAGAGAAGGGUGACCGGGGCCUUCCUGGCCCUCAGGGCUCCCCUGGACAGAAGGGAGAGACGGGUAUCCCAGGAGCAUCUGGCCCCAUCGGUCCUGGAGGGCCUCCUGGCCUGCCCGGACCCGCUGGCCCCAAAGGAGCCAAAGGAGCCACAGGCCCGGCCGGACCCAAGGGAGAGAAGGGCGUGCAGGGCCCUCCAGGACACCCGGGCCCCCCGGGCGAGGUGAUCCAGCCACUGCCCAUCCAGAUGCCCAAGAAGACCCGCCGCUCUGUGGACGGCAGCCAACUGAUGCAGGACGAUGAGGCUGAGCCCACUGGUGGGGCCCCGGGCAUGCCUGCCGGGCUGGAGGAGAUCUUUGGCUCACUGGACUCUCUGCGGGAGGAGAUCGAGCAGAUGAGGAAGCCGACAGGGACCCAGGACAGCCCUGCUCGCACCUGCCAGGACUUGAAGCUGUGCCACCCCGAGCUCCCUGAUGGAGAGUACUGGGUUGACCCCAACCAGGGCUGUGCUCGGGAUGCCUUCCGGGUGUUCUGCAACUUUACAGCAGGAGGGGAGACUUGUGUUACACCUAGGGAUGACGUCACACAGUUCUCCUAUGUGGACUCUGAGGGCUCCCCGGUGGGCGUGGUCCAGCUCACCUUCCUGCGUCUGCUCAGCGUCUCUGCCCACCAGGACGUCUCCUACCCUUGCUCUGUAGUACCCCAGGAUGGCCCCCUGAGACUCCGGGGGGCCAAUGAGGAUGAAUUGAGCCCCGAGACCAGCCCCUACGUCAAGGAGUUCAGAGACGGCUGUCAGACCCAGCAAGGCCGGACGGUGUUGGAGGUGCGCACACCUGUGUUGGAGCAGCUGCCCGUGCUGGACGCCUCCUUCUCAGACCUGGGGGCCCCCACGAGGCGGGGAGGAGUACUUCUGGGUCCUGUCUGCUUCCUGGGCUAGCCCUCUCCGACCCUGUCAACCAAAAGCCGGCCCAAGUCGCACAGCACGGACUUCAUGCCACCUCCCAUGAGACCCCUCAUCAUCUAGGGGGCCUGGGGCCAGGGCACCUCGAGCCUCAGUCAGGGGCAGCAGCCGGGGGCGGGGUGAACCAGGGGGUGCUGGGACAGCCCUGGGAAGGUGGCACCUGGGCCUCCAGCUCUCCCACUUGUGACCCAUUAGAGAGCUGAGACCUUUAUUUAAAACACUUGCGUGUCACCCCAAAUAAGUGGAAGAGAAAGGACACUGUGUAUUUUGUAUUUAAAAAAGUAAUUAUAUUAAUUAUUUAAAGAGUGAAAAAAAAAAGUAACAAAGAAGAAAAAGAGAGAAAUGCCAAAAAACCCCAGCAGAUAUUGGGGACAGGUGCUACAGGGGUGGGCCAGCACCCCACCCUCCCCUCAGGGUUUUCCACGGUGCCUGUGGGUGUGGCUUUCUGGGAAGAACACCCCUUCCUCGCAUCCCACCUGGGGUCCUAAGAAUGCUGGAACACACACACUCCCCUGCCUCAGGGCUCCAGCUCUCUCUCCCCGGGGUGGAAUCUCUGUGACCCAACUGUCCCUGUCAGGAAUGGCCUGCCACUUAAGACCAGGCCACUUCUCCAGGGGACACCAGACCAGGGAGGGCUGCGCAAGGCCUGCCCUGGGCAGGUUAUUGAGAUACUGAAGUUCUUCCAGUGGCUGAAGUCUUACUGUCCUGGCCACACAGUUCCUCCCCUGGGCACCUCCUCACCUCCCUGAUCCGAAGAGAGCUAAUGUCCAGCCUAUGGCCAGAAGGGAUCCCAGGAGCCCUCUUGCCCUCUGCCCAAGUCCCUCCUGACUGAUGGUUAAAUAAUGUGAUUGUCUCCUCCUG